UCAGGUGACCGACUACUUGUUUUUCUGUUCUGUCCAGAGAUAAUCAGGUACCCGGAGGCUCCACCACUGGUACCUAACCUUGUCAAUGGCGUUUCUGGUGUCCACUUCCGGAGUCUCCCUGGCCAGCUUUGAAAUACGUGGAGAUUAGAGAGUCCGCUGCAUAUAUUCUUGAAACUUGCCACCGUACGUGCUCAGACUUUUCUGAAUAAGCAUAAGGAUUUGAAGGUGCCAUCAAGCAGGGAACAAGCCAAAAGGACAGACAGUAGGUGAGAAGACACCAUGGAAUGUCCACCAACCAGAUAAGCAUCGCUGGAUCAUUGAGAAGUGUCUGAAUGUAGGCUGCAGAAGUCCUGAAGGUUGAUGGAGGGCCAUGCUAUUCAAACAGCAGGCGUGGCUGAGACAGAAGCUCCUGGUGCUGGGAAGCCUUGCCGUUGGGAGUCUCCUGUAUCUAGUCGCCAGAGUUGGGAGCUUGGAUAGGCUACAACCCAUUUGCCCCAUCGAAGGACGAUUCGGAGCCCGCAGCCAGGCCGAAUUCCCUCUCCGCGCCCUGCAGUUUAAGCGGGGCCUGCUGCACGAGUUCCGGAAGGGCAAUACUUCCAAGGAGCAAGUUCGCCUUCAUGACCUGGUCCAGCAGCUCCCCAAGGCCAUUAUCAUUGGGGUGAGGAAAGGAGGCACAAGGGCCCUGCUUGAGAUGCUGAACCUCCAUCCAGCGGUGGUCAAAGCCUCUCAAGAAAUCCACUUCUUUGACAAUGAUGAGAAUUAUGCCAAGGGAAUUGAGUGGUAUAGGAAAAAGAUGCCUUUUUCCUACCCGCAGCAAAUCACAAUUGAAAAGAGCCCAGCAUAUUUUAUCACGGAGGAGGUUCCGGAAAGGAUUUACAAAAUGAACUCAUCCAUCAAGUUGUUGAUCAUUGUCAGGGAGCCAACCACAAGAGCUAUUUCUGAUUACACUCAGGUGCUAGAGGGGAAGGAGAGGAAGAAUAAAACUUACUACAAGUUUGAGAAGCUGGCAAUAGACCCAAAUACCUGCGAAGUGAACACAAAAUACAAGGCGGUAAGAACCAGCAUCUACACCAAACAUCUGGAAAGGUGGUUAAAAUACUUUCCGAUUGAGCAAUUUCACAUUGUGGACGGAGAUCGCCUCAUCACGGAACCUCUGCCAGAACUUCAGCUUGUGGAGAAGUUCCUAAAUCUUCCCCCGAGGAUAAGUCAAUACAAUUUAUAUUUCAAUGCUACCAGAGGGUUUUACUGCUUGCGAUUUAACAUUAUCUUUAAUAAGUGCCUGGCGGGCAGCAAGGGACGCAUUCAUCCAGAGGUGGACCCCUCUGUCAUUACCAAAUUGCGCAAAUUUUUUCACCCUUUCAAUCAAAAAUUUUACCAGAUCACUGGGAGGACAUUGAACUGGCCCUAAAAUAAUAAGUCAUAUAACACUAUGUGUUGUGGCUGGAGACUCACAAUGUCUCCCCUAGAUUAAAAAUAUGCACUUUUCUUAGACACAGCUAUCCGAGUCAUUUUUCCAUGUAUACUUGUACAUACGCAGUGUGUGACCAAAUAUAAGAUCAAUUCUUUUUCUAUUGAAAAUUGACAAAAAACAAAACAAAACAGUUUGCCGUCUGAGUAGUUGCUAUUGACGAAAAGAAAAGCUAUUAACGAAAUUGAGCUAUUGACGAAAAGAAAAGAUGGUGGUAUUGGGGGAAAGUGACUUCAGCUAUCCUCAGAGAGUUAGUCUUCCUUUGAGUCAGAAUUUGUCGCCCGCCAUUUUCAUAGAUUUAAGCCAAAAGAUUAUGUGUGAAAACGCACCAAUGGCUGUGAAGCUUCAGGAGGUAGAGGAUCCAGUCAUGCCUUCUUUUCUAAGGGAAAGCUGGCUCUUUAAUUCAGAGACUGAACUGGUGCCAUGAAAACAGAAAAUACUAUUUUCUUAUUAUGUCAAAGAAUGUCUUGUCUCAUAAACUUGACACUGUUCCAAAGUUCCUGUGGUGAUUUUGCACUAUUGUUUUCUCGUAGAGACCAUGGUGUCUGUCACACGUGGCAUGUCAAUCACACAUUUGAAAGUUAAGUCCUUUCACUUCCAUGUCCUACGUCCACAAAGAGAAAUGUCAUGUACAUACUGUAUAUUGUUGUAAAUACUGGUUUCACACUAAGUAAUUCUAUUUUGUAAACUGAAUAUGGCUAUUUAAUUUAUUGUGAAAAUUAAAUUUAUUGUGGUAUUUAAAAAUGGAAUGGAUUAAAAUUACUCUAUGUGCAACCUUUUUAUUCCCCCCCCUCAUUUUGUUUUACGUGCCCCCUGCUGGCUCCCCAAAUCAAGGCUGUUUGUGUGCACGCCAACGGGCUUGGAAAGAUGCGCUGCUCAGUUAGAUUUCUGUACCCUUGUGAAAAUGCUUUUAUGGAGCGGGGUUGAGGAUCUUAAAGAAAACAUCUCAGCCAUCUGGAAACCUAGUAAUACAGCCACCUCAAAGAAUAGUAGCCGCUACUCCUGCUGCAACUUUGUAACAAUUAAUUUACUUGCAGUUUUACCACUGUGCCGGGAGAGAGACAGAAAUACUUUAACAUAAUCAAGGCAUAGAAGAAUCCCAAUUUCAUUUGAACCUCUAAUCAGAGUCAGACCAGUAGAGAAAUUAAAUAAAAUAAGAUCAGAAAACUUGUGUGGCCUCUGUACUGAAAGCUGCUGAUGCUUCAAAAAUGAAUACAAACGCCCCCCCCCCC